ACGUCAUUGUCCAACCUGGUAUUCUAGAGCUUUCAUCGCUCAAGAACCACGAAACACGGGUAAAAGCGUAAAGUAAACUUCGGUAGGUACUGGUGAAAAGAGAGAAAAAAAAUCCGGAAAUUAGCGACCUAUUAGGGAAAGUGUAUCCAGCGCCCUGGUGAAAGGUUGCUCAGUGCAAACGAGCAAAGGCGAAACCGGUCCUGCCCGUCAACAAAGAAAAGUUUGCCCGUCCCCAGAACGCACGGUCUCAGGAACGAACAUUUCCUCAGCUGUGUGGCAUUAGCGCGGCGUACCGCUGUGCGUGUGUGUUCUGUUCUUGUUACCAUCUACACCCGCACUCGCUGGAAAAUCGUCUUUCAAGCGUCGAGUUGCUGACCGAGGUUCCGAUCCGCAAUUACAGCGCGUGGCUACAUCAUACGAACCCGCUGUCGUCCACCCUCAAUCCGUCCUUCCGAGCAACUUGUGUACGCCACCACCCGCUUGGUGAAUCAAGUGUGUGUUAUUCAUGGUGACGGUGUAGGCAACUGCAGGUGCCGUACGAAAUUUCGUCCAAGUUCUGGUCACGGGAGCUACUACCACAACGGUGAAGGUUUAUGUGUUCCAGUGAACGUUUUGCUUGCCCUGCCUUCGGUCGAAAUAAGUAGCCGCCCUACGUCGGCAAGAAGUUCCAAAGUUGAAAGGCCCCCAGUAGGUGAACCAUUAACUAUUCACCAAAUCGAAACACCCGUACACCGCUGCGCCUACUUCCUAGGACCAAUGUCAGACGAUCAGAGUUCACAAUCCUCCCCAGCAACCACACCAUCCUCAGCACGUCCCUUCAUGCCACUGCCGCUGGAACUGAACGGCGAGCGAAGGAAACCGUCCAAAAAGCUCAGCUUCCAAGGAUGCCAGGGCGGGCAGGCGCCGGUCAUACCGGAUCCGACGCGCGAACGCAUACGAAUGCAGGCGACGGCGGGCAAACUACAGAUCGCGCCGAACCAAACGUACGACUUCACCUCGGAAGAUAUGAUUGACGAGGGUGAAAUAGGGCGCGGUGCGUUCGGUGCCGUCAACCGGAUGAAGUUCACGCACACGGGCACGGUGAUGGCGGUGAAGCGGAUCCGCUCGACCGUGGACGAGAAGGAGCAGAAGCAGCUGCUGAUGGAUCUGGAGGUGGUGAUGAAGUCAAACGACUGCAACACCAUCGUCACGUUCUACGGGGCACUGUUCAAGGAGGGCGACUGCUGGAUCUGCAUGGAGCUGAUGGACACGUCGCUGGACAAGUUCUACAAGUUUAUCUGCGAAAAGCAGCAGAGCCCCAUCCCGGAACCGAUACUGGCGCAGAUCACGUUCGCGACGGUCCGCGCGCUCAACUAUCUGAAGGAGGAGCUGAAAAUUAUCCACCGGGAUGUAAAACCGAGCAAUAUACUGCUGAAACGGAACGGCGACAUUAAGCUGUGCGAUUUCGGCAUCUCCGGCCAGCUAGUGGAUUCGAUCGCACGCACCAAGGAUGCCGGCUGCCGGCCAUACAUGGCGCCCGAACGCAUCGAUCCCCAGCGCGCUAAGGGUUAUGACGUGCGCAGUGACGUGUGGUCGCUCGGAAUUACGCUGAUGGAGGUGGCGACCGGGAAGUUCCCCUAUCCAAAGUGGGGUUCCGUGUUUGAGCAGCUUUCACAGGUUGUCGAAGGUGACCCGCCUAGACUGUCCACCACCUACAAUGGGAUGGAAUUUUCGAUAGAUUUUGUAAAUUUUGUAAAUACCUGUUUAAUUAAAGACGAGCGCGAUCGUCCCAAGUACGGUCGGCUGUUGCAGCAUCCGUUCAUUCAGCAGGCCGAAAAAAGUGACACAGACGUAGCGGCAUACGUAAGCGAAGUGCUGGAAUCGAUGGCCAACAAUGGUAUCACGCAGUUUACCACGGACCUGCCAGCGGAAGGUUGGAACGAAAGCUUCAAUUAGGGUGUGAGCAGUGGGAAAAAAGUUACCCCGUUACGCAAUAUGCAUAAUAUCUAUUCGUUCCGGUAGAAACGUACCAAACGACGUAUAAGUUAGGUCGCAUUUUGAUUGUACACUAUUUUCUGUUUAAAAAAAAUCCCUCUCUUACUCUCUUCACACCUGUCCAAACGUUCUAGUCUAUUUUGAAGGAUACAUUCGGCUUAGAUUCGCUGCAUUGUGCAAUUACUAUCUAAUUUCCUACCUCUCUAUUUCAGUUUAUUCAGAAAUUAAGCAUAUAGAAUUUGAAAAACAUUCUUCAGAACAAUUCGGUUCGCUCGUAACGGACGUAAACUAUCAGCAACAGCAAUGUUUUAACUCAAAAUCCCAACAGUAAAAUAAGGGCGCGGACAAUAAUGAACUAGCAUUCUGGACAGCGAAUUAGUGAUUUUUUUUCAUGGAUACACAACAUUGUGGCAAUUCUGAUUUAGCAUUCUUUUUGUUAAAGAAACAAAACACACGAUAUUCUUUGAUAGGUAAAUUAAACAUAAUUUAAAAGGAAAACAUCAAUUUGCAAUACGGACAAAUGCGCAGGAAUUUAUCCCGGUCAGGAAUAAAGGCAGAUUAUGUCCGUAAACAUUCAAACCACUACUACCAUUCACUCACAUACACAAUUACAAAUAAUCAAACACACACACACACACACACACACACACACACACACACACACACACACACACACAAAAUUAGCAUGUAAGUAGCAAAGCAAAGAAAAAUUAGAUUCCUCGUGUAAUCCACAUUUUGUUGCGCUCCCCAGAAUGAAUGGAAGGAACAGGGACGAUUUCUGGACGAGUAAGGAUGAAAAAGAAAAAGCUGAUAACACAAUGUCUACCGUGGAAGAGAGUGGGAAGGGUAGGGAAAGAGAUGAA